UUACCAAACUCAUUUCCAUCUUCUUCAUCUCUCGUCUUUGUAUCCUCUCAAAAGAGAGAGAGAGAGAGAGAGAGAGAGAGAGAGAGAGAUUUUUGAGAGAUUCGAUCGUGAAGAUGAGUUUCCAAGAUCUCGAAGCUGGUUCUCGAUCUCAGACGCCUAACGGUUUUACCGGCGGCAGGCAACAACAACAGAGACCUUCAUCUCGUGGUGGGGAUCCAUCUCGGGAGGUCGCCGCUGGGAUUUUUAGGAUCAGCACUUCUGUUAGUUCCUUCGCUCGCCUCGUUAAUUUCAUCGGAACGCCUAAAGAUACCCUUGAAUUGCGCGAGAAGCUGAAAAAGACAAGGUUACAGAUAACAGAAUUGGUGAAAAACACUUCAUCUAGCCUUAAGGAAGCUAGCGAAAUCGACCAUCAUGGAGCAGUUAGUUCAAUUAAGAAGAUUGCGGAUGCUAAACUGGCAAAAGAUUUCCAAUCAGUUCUUAAAGAGUUUCAGAAAGCUCAGAGACUUGCAGCUGAAAGAGAAAUUACAUAUACUCCUGUGGUCACUAAAGAAAUACCUACCAGUUAUAACGCACAGGAACUCGACACCGAAUCUUUAAGGACCUCAGAGCAGCAGACUCUUCUUCAACAAUCAAGAAGGCAAGAAGUGGUAUUUUUAGAUAAUGAGAUAACAUUCAAUGAAGCAAUUAUUGAGGAAAGAGAGCAAGGAAUUAGAGAAAUUCAAGAACAUAUUGGUGAAGUGAAUGAAAUCUUCAAAGAUCUAGCUGUUUUAACGCAGCAUCAAGGAAUUAUGAUCGAUGACAUCAGCUCUAGCAUUGAAAACUCGCAUGCUGCAACUACACAAGCAACUGUUCAACUUAGAAAAGCAGCUAAAACUCAAAGUUCAAACUCAUCUUUGACAUGCCUACUUAUUCUCAUUUUUGGGAUUGUGCUACUCAUUGUCAUCAUCGUCGUCUUGGUCUAACCAUCAAAUCAUCAAUUAUCAAACUACAAGCUUCCAUCUUCAAGCAUCAAGGGAAGACCUAUCGAUGAAACUAUACAGACCAUUAAAGAGAUAUAUCUAUUGUACAGAUUCUUUAUACUUCAUGAUCUCAUUCCCCAUUAACUGAUCGUUAACUUCUCAUCGUGUGAAUGUUUUAUGUAUUAAUCCAUCGUAAGGAUCUUUAUGAGCAAAAGAUAUAAACGUGUAUGUUUUAAUAAACAUGAAAUAUUUUUUC